AUGAUGAGAGCAGUAAUUGAAUGUGUUAAAAAUAAGUAGAAUGGGCUAAUUGAAUCGCCAACUGGAACAGGCAAGACCUUAUCUAUAAUUUGUAGUGCUGUUGCAGCAUUAAGCUAUUUGAGGAAACAUAAGGAAAAAUAUAAAGUUGUUAAGAAAAAAUAGGACAAGAAAGAAUAGGUUAUAAUUGAUGAAGAAGAAAAUAAAGAGAAAAUUAAUUAAAGGCUAAAUGGGGAAGAAAAUGAAGUGGAUGAGAUUGAGUAUGAUGUUCCUACUAGAAUUGUUUAUUGCACAAGAACUCAUUCUCAAAUCAAUCAAAUAUUUGAUGAGCUCAAGAAUAAACUCCCUUAUAUAUUAAGAAUAAGUCCAUUUGCUUCUAGAAAGCAUUCCUGCAUAUUUGAAAAUUUGCCAGAAUAAUUCCCCGGGAAUGCCCUAAAUCUAUCUUGCAAGUUACUUAGAAAACUUGACACAAUAAAAUAGAAACUUAAUAAGGACGCCUCCUUGAAGUUGACUAAAUUAAAAGAUUCCAACAUAAAAGAUAUAGAAGAUUCAGGAGUAGAUGUUCAAAUAAUCAAAUCUGGAUGCACAUUUUUCUAUGGCUACAAUUAUGAAGUUAAAAAAUCAGCUAGCUAAGAAUUGUAAAACUAAUUUGGAGCUGCCAAUUGCAGUACAAGUAAACCAGCAAAAUCAAUUAAUUACGUUGCUCAGCAGUUACCUUGGAACUAGCCGCUAUCUGUAAAUGAUUAUAAUAAGCUUGGGAGAAUAAACAACACUUGCCCUUAUUACAUGAUGAGAUCUAGAGUCUAAGAAUGCGAUCUUGCAGUUAUUCCUUACAAUUACAUCAUAGAUAAAAAUCUAAGAGCUUAAGUUAACAUUCCCCUUAAAGGAAGUAUUAUUGUAUUAGAUGAGGGACAUAAUAUAGAUAGUUUUUGCGAAGAACUAUUUACAUUUGAAAUUUCUAUAAACGAGUUAUUCUAAGAUUACUAAUUAUUGAACUAAAUAUGGCUAGAUCUCUAAGCUGAAGAGCAAUUACUCUCUGAACACUAAAGAUAUAUGGUUAAAGGGCAAAGAGUUGAUACUAAGGCGCUCUAAUUUACCUCCGAAUUUGAAUAUUUACAGAUUGCCAGAAUUAUUUUCUUUGUUUGCAAUGGUGUUCGGGAAAUUGAAAGAUGA